AUGAGACGAUCGACGUGCCAGUCGCCGUCUUUGGAUUCGAUUUCGUAUUCCGUUCUAAACUCCAUCACGACGUCUGGAGAGCAUUCAAAAAAUCCCGAAGGUUGAUAAUUAUUCUAAAAAACGGACAAAGUACAAAGAACGAGAUAUUUCAAAAAAAAAAAAGUUCCUAUAUUCCUAGGAAUUUGUACAUGCGACGCCGAAGUUGGAAACGUCGUCAUCGAAAAUAUGGUCAAUAGUAUUCUGAAUUGGACGCCACGAGUCGCCCCGUUUGCUUAGCCUUCUAAUUUAAUAACUAAAUCAAACUUUGAAGAAAGGAAACCCUAGUUCAUGGUCAAAACUUUGCACUUGGUGACUCUCACUCGCGGAUCGGCUUCAGCAAAAGCGCAAUUCAGCGUCCACUGCGCUCCUCUACUCCAAUUCGUCCCAACAAAGAAAACUGUACUCCUAGGAAGUACAUUGCAGACAGAUACGAGGUGGCAGAAAAUCCCUGUGAAAAUUAUUUCCAUUCCGUAGGCUGAGUACGAAAGAACUCGAGUCUGGCAUAGCGAGGAGAAGCAGCAUGCCCAAAAGGUGAUUCCGAUUGGUCAUCCAUUCUUUUCAGCUCUCCGGAUUCAGUUCAUGGGCCAAAGUUUGUUGGACUCCUCAUCCAAAACAUGACAUUUUCCAGAGUGGAAAGCAUAUCUGCCGAACAACGACCAAGUAAUUAGUUUGAACAAAAAACAACCAAAAGAAGUUUCCACGGUUGUAGAAUCGCGCGAAACCGAUACUACUAGGCUUGAGACAUCGGUAGGGGCACUUUUUUUUUAAUUCUCAGAACAUCUUCCAGUAUGAACUCAACGAACUGGGAAGAAUACUAGAUCUGGCGCGGAACCAAAAGUCUAAUGAAUUCGAACAGUCGACCACAGCCGCUUCUCAUGCCGAAUCAGGAAAUCCAGCCUUCGUAAAUCUCAUUAAAACCCAAUUAGGUGAACGGCAUCCUACAGACCGUUCUUUCUGGGAAAAGACAACUCGAUUCCAACAGCUACGGAGACCUAGAGAACGAACUUAAAGACUUGAACGAGCUGUUUGCCCGCGAACUCAAAGUGGGUCUUGGAAAAAAUAAAUAAAAAAAGGGUAUUUUGAGAAGAAAGAUGUUGACGACAAUUCGAGAGUCGAAAGCAUGAUUCCAUUCAACAAAAAAGAGCUUUCUUACAAUCCGAGACAAGUCGUAUCUGAGGUCUCAACGGCAUCUUCAAUUUCAAAUGCACAUGACUUCCUAGACCAUGGUUAGUCUCUCUCACUGUAUCUUUCAAAAAAAAAAUCUUCUUUCAGCUUCCCCUAAGCGUCUUUAUUAUUCCCCUUCGAAAGGCCUCGUUACAUCAAUUUGGAAAUGGAUCAAACACAGGCUUUUUUUAACACCUAUCUUAUAUAUAAAUUUUUUUAGAUCUUCAAUCACCAAUGACGGACAUUAA